AUGAUGAGGGAAGCUAGGAUAUUAGGAAAUCAAGGCGUCACUACGCGACAAAACCUGGUCAAGGUGCCCGUUUCCGAGGAGCAGGAGUUAUUGUUGGAUCUGGUGGACUGGGAUCAGGACCACGCGUCGGAAGAGGCGGGUUCCUCAAGCGAGCAGAACGCCCUUGCCGACGCAAUUUCCCAUUCGAUUCGUAUUCUUCUUACCUUUGCCCACCGACAAAACCUUCGACGCAGGACUCAGCCGCCGCCACCACUUGCACCGAAACGUCGACCUACUCCUGAAUACCAGAUCCUCCGACCGGUUAUGGCAUAUUUACAACACAAGUCACAUAUACAGUCGCUCGAAACAUAUAUCGCCAAGUUACGGCGCGUUCUAGAAGCUGCCGGGAUCAAAUGUGACUUUAGUGCUACUCAAUUUUCGUCGGUCGGUGUAUUGCAGCCCAGCCAUUUGGUCCCUAAGGUCGAAUCACUGGUUGGAGUCUUUCUUGCACCAUUCGAGUCGACCUUUUCAGGUACCCUGAUCACACCACAGAGCUCGUUCCGAGUUCGGAUCAGGACGAACUCGACUAUACCCCCCGUUGGCACUUUUUACGACAUCUCUGUCAACCUCCCGCAAUUUCCCGAAGUCCAACCUCUUAACCGCGUUGGGCUACAAGAAGAAGUGGCACAGGCCAUUACGCAUUUUGUUAUGCUCGAUGUAGCCGCGGCGAUUUCUCUUCAAAAACAGGAAGGCUCAGGCAAGGCAUCCUGGGAAGUGGCGUACCCGCACCAUGGUGAACUGCUCGCGGUCGACACCGCCGGCCAAAGCAGGAAGAUGAAGGUCAGCCUGUCUCACGAGGAGUUGAAUAUCCAAACCUACUCGUUGAGCCGCGCCGAGGGUUUCGCACACCCAGUGGCCGCAAAGUCCGCUCUGCUGUCAUAUACGUGGAAGCCCGACACCCCGGGGCCACAGCCUAGCUUGGCCGACUUUAUUGCACAAGCGUCGCAAAAAUAA